GACAUUUCACUGUUGGUGUGGCAAACCCAGAAGGAGGCUCAGUCCUCUGAGGUCCUGACUUGUUGUAGCUCAGACAUCCUGGGGAGGCCCAGGCAUAGUGAGUGCUCUGCCCCCUGAUAUCCCCUCCACAGUGUUGGGACAUCUGAAAAAUCCUUGCAGGAGACAGGCUGAAGGGAAAUUUUUUCAAACCAUCCCAGGACAGCUCUGGACUGUCAGGUGCUCACCGGCUAGGGCGAGGCAGUACAAAGGGUCUUAGUGGCCUUGGACUGAUUUUGCGACUGAUCCCAAGCAGCAGGUCGAGGUCUGGGCUUGCCGCUCGCUGACCACCAGGGCCAGAUCUGUGCAUGGCAUUUGAGGAGCUCCUGGAGCGAGCUGGGGGCAUGGGUCUCUUCCAGGUUCUGCAGGUUGCCACCCUCCUCCUCCCCACCAUCUUCACACCUUUUCAUAUGCUUCUGGAGAACUUCUCAGCCGCCAUCCCGGACCACCGCUGCUGGACCCACAUGCUGGACAAUGGCUCCGAGACCUCUGCAAACCUUACCUAUGAGGCCCUCCUGGCUGUAUCCAUCCCACCAGGCCCUGAUCAGCAGCCCCACCCAUGCCGCCGCUUCCGCCAGCCGCAGUGGCAGCUCCUGGACCCCAACACCACAGCCGCCAACUGGAGCGAGGCUGCCACGGAACCAUGCGUGGAUGGCUGGGUGUAUGACCACAGCACCUUCACUGCCACCGUGGUGACCAAGUGGAACCUGGUGUGUGACUCUCAGGGCCUGAAGCCCAUGGGGCAGUCUAUCUACAUGGCUGGCAUCCUUGUGGGGUCCUUCAUCUGGGGCCUCCUGUCCUACCGGCUCGGGCGGAAGCCAAUGCUGAGCUGGUGCUGCCUACAGGUGGCCGUGGCCGGAACCGGCACAACCUUUGCCCCAAAUUUCCUCAUCUACUGUGGCCUCCGGUUCCUGAGUGCCUUUGGGCUGGCUGGCAUCAUCCUGGUGUUGUCAACACUAAUAGCAGAGUGGACCACGACCCGCAGGAGGGCUGUCACCAUGAUGAUACUGGGAUGCACCUACAGCACAGGCCAGAUGGCCGUGGCAGGCCUGGCCUUCAUCCUGCGGGACUGGCAGGACCUCCAGCUGGCCACAUCCAUGCCCUUAUUGGCCUUCUCCUUGGUAUCUUGGUCAGUGAGGUUCGGAGCUUCCUCCAGGAGGUGGCUGCCAGAAUCUGCCAGAUGGCUGAUUAUUACAGGCCAACCAGACAGAGCACUUCAGGAACUCAAAAAGGUGGCCAGGAUAAAUGGCCACAAGGAAGCCAGAAAGACACUGACCAUAGAGGUGCUGAUGUCCAGCAUGAAGGAGGAGGCGGUCUCUGCAAGGGCGCACACGUCGGUGCUGGACCUGAUCCGCAUGCCCGCGCUCCGCAGGAGGAUCUGCACCAUGCUGGUGGUGAACUUCUCUGUGCAGUUGUCCUACUAUGGGCUGGUCCUGGACCUGCAGAGCCUGGGCAGGGACAUCUUCCUCCUGCAGGCCCUAUUCGGGGCCGUGGACUUCCUGGGCCGGGCCACCACUGUCCUCUUGUUCAGGUUCCUCGGCCGCCGCAUGACCCAGGCUGGCUCCCUGUCCCUGGCCGGCUUCUGCAUCCUGGCCAAUGCGCUGAUGCCUCAAGAUCUGCAGAGCUGGCGAGUGGCUUUUGCUGUCCUGGGGAAAGGAUGCUUUGGAAUCAGCCUGACCUGCCUCACCAUCUACAGGACAGAGCUCUUCCCCACUCCACUGCGGAUGACCGCAGAAGGCUUCUUGCAGUCAGUCGGCCGCCUGGGGGCAAUGAUGGGCCCCCUGAUCAGGAUGGCCCGCCAGGCCCUGCCCUUGCUGCCUCCGCUGUGCUACGGUAUCAUCCCUGUGGCUUCCAGCCUGGUUCUCCUGCUCUUCCUCCCAGAGACCCAGGAUCUUCCACUUCCUGACACCAUCUGGGACCUGCAGGGGCGGAGAUCAGAUGCAACUGGAGGCCACCGGCAAGAGGCAGUCAUUAUGGAAAGCACCUGGCUCUAGUUCUGCCUGCAUGGAGUCCCUUUGGUCAAAAACACCUGAGGAAGAAUUUGCCUCUUCUCCAAUCUGCAAACUGAGGCUUCCAGAGUAGUGGGGCCCCUGGGAGGGUAUGUGGGCAGGGAGUGGAACCCCACUUGGGUAAGGAUAACAAGAAUUGCCUUCACUCCCUCCUUACUGAAGGGACCUCUCUCACAUCCAAUGCCUACCAGAUUAAUUUUCCUCCACAUAGCUCCCAAAUACAUCUGUUUCUCCUUUGCUAUGGCUGCCACCUUGGUCCAUGCUAUCAUCAGGUAUGGUGCCCAAACUGGUUCCUGACACCUACACUGUCUUCUACACAACAGCUACCAUGUUUAUUUAGAAACUUAAUUCAAGCCAAAUCCCCUCCCUGCGUAAAACCUUCUAGGACUCAUAAUAAACAUCACUCUUCUUACCGAAAAGGGGCUGGGUCCAGUUGUGGGUCCCCAGCUUUCUUUGACAUAUAAUAAAUUUUAAAGGAUUCAAAUCA